UGUUUUACUUUUAAAAAAAUUAUUAAUUAGAUAAUAAACUAUAUAAUAAACUAUACAACUAUAUUUUAUUCAAGAAAUAGAUGUUUGUUACUUAAAUAAUAUAAAGUUUUUAUUUCAAGAGUUAUAGGGGGCGCCACCAACCGGACGUCUCACUGUGCAAACACCUGUCAGACUCAACCAGCCCAAAACCAUCACAAAAGUUCUUCAUCACGGCCCGCUCUUCUUCGGCGGCCGUUGCACAAGUAGACCGUGGCAUCGGUGGGGAAAAUCUAACGGUAAACGGCACCGGAUAACCAGUGUGCAUGUCAGACAGCGACAGCGAGUUCGAUAAUCCGUCGGAGAACACAAGACUGAUGGACGGGCACGUAGCCGCAAACGGCGGCAGCGGCGACGUCCGCCCCCAAGACCAGCGGAGCAAGCAUCGGUCGCGAUCUCAACAACAAGACGGCGGCGAGGGAAGUGGAGGUGCUGAUGUCCGAAUCCGUCCACAAAGCAACCAGCAACAAGCAGAGGGCACCUGGCAAGAAGAUGAAGAAGAGUUGAAAUAUGGUGCAAAACAUGUGAUUAAACUGUUUGCUCCUGUGUCUCUGUGCAUGAUGGUUGUUGUAGCAACAAUUCGCUCAAUCACAUUCUACUCAGUCAAAGACAUCUACUUUGUGUAUACACCUUUCCAUGAAGAAAGCACUGAGACUGGUACUAAAGUAUGGAAUGCAGUGGCCAACUCACUCAUCCUUAGGGUGAUAGUGGUGAUGACUAUUGUGCUUAUAGUCUUGUAUAAAUACAGAUACUAUAGAGUUAUCCAUGGAUGGUUGAUAGUAUCAUCCCUGAUGCUGCUCAGCAUUUUCUCAUACUUAUAUCUGGAGGAAGUUCUGAGGGCUUAUAACAUACCAUGUGAUCUCUUCACACUAUUUAUAGUGAUGUGGAAUUUUGGAGUGAUGGGUAUGAUUGUUAUUCAUUGGAAAGGUCCACUCAUUCUCCAACAAGCCUACUUGAUCUUUAUUGCUGCUUUGAUGGCAUUAGUAUUCAUCAAGUAUCUGCCAGAAUGGACAACAUGGGUUGUCUUGUUGGUGAUUUCUGUAUGGGAUUUGGUUGCUGUCCUUACACCAAGAGGUCCUCUUCGAAUUUUAGUGGAGACUGCUCAGGAAAGGAAUGAACAGAUAUUCCCUGCGUUGAUUUAUUCAUCAACUGUCUUGUAUACUUAUGUGGGCAUGGCCAAUGCAGAAUUUGCGGGAACGGGUCUUCCAGGGAGGCGGUCUUCAGCUCAAGAUGGCUUUACUGAAGACUGGGUUCAGAAUCAUGCGGCCAGAGCGGCUCAGAGACAAGUUGAAGUGCAUGAUAACGGCGCUGCCGGUCGUCCAACAACAACCUUACACUCAGAUACAGAAGAAGAACGCGGUGUUAAACUAGGUUUAGGCGAUUUCAUUUUCUACAGUGUCUUGGUUGGUAAGGCGUCUUCAUAUGGAGACUGGAAUACUACGCUGGCUUGUUUCGUUGCGAUUCUGAUUGGAUUGUGUUUGACCUUACUGUUGUUAGCGAUUUUCAAGAAGGCGCUGCCCGCUCUGCCAAUAUCAAUUGCUUUCGGAUUGAUAUUUUACUUCGCAACUAAUUUUAUUGUUAGCCCGUUUGCUGAUAGUUUGAGCAAUGAGCAGGUGUUUAUUUAAUGAUAUCAAUGCGUGAAUAACCAGAGUAUUAAUUAAAUAAUUUACUGAAUGAAAUUAACUAUAAAGUAUAAUUAUUUAACAAAAAAUUUUUUUCUGUAUAAAAGUGUCGAUUGAAACUUUUACUAGAUUUUGUAAAUUUUAUAUUCGAACUUAUUAUUAGUUAGACAAAAAUUAUCAAAAUUCAUUCAACAAUUGGCAAUUACCAAGUCCAAAGAUAAAAAAGACGAAAUCGGAACAAUAACUAUACUUAAAUUGAUAAGUGAAUAUCAUUAAAUUAUUUAUUAUCAGUUUUUAUUUAUAAUCUUUACGCUUGAUAACUCAAAUUAAUCAAUAUGAUUUAUUGUAUGUUCCUGUGUUUAAACAUUAUUGAAAUGACAGACAAUUCAUGAGAUAAUAUCAGAGAGAUGUUGAAUGGGAUGAGCAUGUAGUGAAAGCGCGAAAACCUGAAGCAUGACACUUUCAAUAAAUAAUGAAAUAUUUGUUUCAUAGAUAAAUAAUUAGUGAAUGUACAUACAAGUAAUUUUGUAAUUAAUAAUAAUAAAUAAUGAAAGAAUCCACAA